AUGGAAUACAUAUAUAAAAAGGAGCGACGCACAUUUGGUUCCCGGGUGCACUUUGAAGACAAGGAUGAGGUGGUGUUUAGCGAGAACUCAAAUCCAGAGCUGGUCAAGAAUUUCAUAUUGAAGAACCCCGUGGAUCGGUCCACACAAUAUGCGGGGCAAACAUCGCUCAGCGUGGCCAACACGGAGCGCGCGACGUACAAGAGCACGGGCAUUACGCACAAUGAGGGCGGCUGGCCGAAGGACAUCAAUAUGCAUGACCCGGAGCAGACGGUGCGCUACAAGCGCAAAAUUGAAAAGGAUGAGAAUUACAUAACGCAAGUGAUGAACCUAACCAAACCCAUGGAGCACUACAUAUUCCAGAACAAUGCAGUCAACAUCUAUGAGAAUUACUUUGAGAACAUGGAGCCGGCUCCACUGCCAGAGCCCUGCAAAUCACGCACAGUUAACGUCUAUCGUGAUCCCAAUCCGAUAAAGGUGCCUGUAAAGCAUUUGUCCUGGUCCCCAGAUGGUGGCAUCAAAAUGGCUGUCAGCCAUUGUGACAUGAAGUUCCAGGGAGACAAGACCGGGCAGCGCUGCAACUCGUACAUCUGGGAGGUGGAAAACCCAAACGAACCAUUCCUAACGCUGGAGCCGAAGGUCCCAUGUGUGUGUCUGGAGUACAAUCAAAAGGAUCCCACCAGCCUGGUCAGCGGCAUGUACAACGGCCAAGUAGCUGCUUGGGAUACGCGUCACGGCAAGCUUCCUGUGAUGAUCAGUGAACGCGAGGUUUGCCAUCGUGACCCGGUCAACUCGGUGCUCUGGAACAACUCGAAGAGCGGCACGGAGUUCUUCUCGGGCGGGUCCGAUGGCCAAGUGCUCUGGUGGGAUACACGCAAGCUCAGCGAGCCGCUGGAUCGCUUGCUCAUGGAUCCGGUUAAAGGCGACGAACAGGACUUAUCACGCUCAUAUGGCAUCUCGGUAUUGGAGUACGAGACAACCAUACCAACUAGAUUCAUGGCUGGCACCGAGAUGGGAAUGCUUUUCUCCUGCAACCGCAAGGGUAAAACGCCCACAGAGAAGAUACAAAUCAGGAUGAUGUGCCAUUUGGGUCCAGUUUAUGCCAUCACGCGAAAUCCAGCUUUCGUGAAGAACUUCCUCACGGUGGGCGAUUGGUGUGCACGCAUAUGGUCCGAGGAUUGCCGUGAGAGCUCAAUUAUAUGGACUAAGAGCAGUUCCUCGAUGCUGACAGACGGCGCCUGGAGUUACACUAAGGUCUCUCAAUUCUUUAUCACUCGCAUGGAUGGCGUGCUGGACACAUGGGAUCUGUUGCAGCAGCAGAAUGAGCCGGUGCUGACGGUCAAAGUUUGCGAUGAGCCGCUCUACUGCGUACGCACCAACGAAAAUGGUAAAUUCGUCAGUUGCGGCAGCAAACUAGGCGCCACUUUUCUAAUAGAGGUUUCCGACAAUAUGAUAAUGUCGGCUAAAAACGAUAAGCCACUCCUGACGGCGAUGUUUGAACGCGAAAAUCGACGUGAGAAGAUUUUGGAGGCCAAGUCGAGGGAGAGCAAGCUAAAGAUUAAGGCCAACCAUGGGCAGGAGCAAGCCGAUCUGACCAUGCUAAAUGGCAAAAUCAAUAUGGAGCCAUUUGCCAGCGCCUGCGAGCAGGCAGCCAGCGAAUAUUUUGCCGCUGUGGAACAGGAGCGUUUGAGACGAAUGCCCGGAGGCAAGCAGGAUGCGGAGGAGGCUGAUGUGUCGGAAGCGGAAACCGUGAAAGCUUAAAACUUGAAUUGUAAAUUACUUAUUGUUAUAGGUCUGUUAAGUUACUCAAGCACAUAUAUAUCACACA